CAUGGCCCUCUCCGCCCGCCAAAUGCUCAACCUCCCCCCAUCAACAGCAAGCCCCUCCAACUCCACCCUCAUCAUCAUCGACGCCCAAAACGAAUACGCUCAAGGAGCUCUCCGCGUGACAAACGCCUCUUCGACACGAAAAGUCAUUUCCCAACUUCUCGAAUUAUAUCGUUCUGCAUCAUCGUCAUCUGCAACGAGGAUAGUGCAUGUUCUCCAUCAAGUCCCCGACGGAGCACCAAUUUUCACGCCUGGAACGGAUUUGGCAGAGGAAUUUGAGGAGUUGAGGCCACAGGAGGGAGAGAAGGUUGUGAAGAAGUUGCAUCCGAGUGCUUUUGCAGAGACGGAGUUGGAUGGGUUGUUGAAGAAGGAUGGUGUGGAGGGGAAGAAAGUGGUUUUGGUGGGAUAUAUGGCACACGUCUGCGUCUCGACGACUGCUCGCGACGCCGCUCGUUUGGGAUAUGAUGUUCUCGUGGUGGAAGACGGGGUGGGAGAUCGAGAUAUUCCGGGAGCAACGGGCGAGGAAGUGACGAAGAUGGUGAUGCAUGAAUUGGGAGAUUUUUUUGCGACGAUUGUGCAGAGUCAAGAUAUCAAGUAG